AUGAAUCCCAACCGCAGCAUCAAACUUCAGGCUCAAAUAUUUAGGGGUCGGAAAGCUCAGCCUUUCCUUCAGGAGAUUGAAGGAAAACUUUACUCCCUCGGAACUUACCAACUGUCUUUCCAUGCGAGCCCAUACUUUGAGGUUUUUGACCCGCAAGAGGGCAAAUGGUCGCCUCUGCCGGACCCUCCUGUUUUCCUCCGUUUCAAUACCAGGGAGGUGUGUCACAGUCCCCAACAAUACUGUGUCACAAUCGCGGGCACCAACAUCAUUAUGUCAUGCAUAGGAGAGCCUGUAUAUUGCUUUGAUGUUGCUGACUCGAUCAACAAAGUAUGGAGAGUACUUCCUGGUAUUCCUUCGCAUGACUUGAAUUUUCAAGGAAGAGCAUUAGCUGUGGACUAUGGGGAGGGUGAUUUCAUUAUUUUCUGCUACGGUAGUUUGCGUGCGCCUAAUGCUAUACCAGUCUACCUCCUGCCCAAGGGCUAUAGCGAGUUGAAAGUCGUCAAACCUAUGCAGCUGCCAACAGGGUUAUUACCUCCUGAAUUUGUUGUUUCACCAGCCAACUCUAGGUUCAUCCACCUAGGAGGUCGAACUGUCUGCCUUGUGUUGUCCCGAUUUAUGGGACCAUUCAGCUGUUAUUAUAUGGCUGAUAUCAUGAAGAUUAGUGUUUGUGCCCUAAUCUUUGAGUUCAAAGUUAGCAAGGAUAGACGAUCUGUGGACUUCGAGUUCUUAUGUUCUCGCAUCCUUGAAUGCGAUGGCAACUGUCAGUCUCAAGAUUCUGAAGCUAUGACCAUGGGUGGAGAGAUUCUGACCAGCGAUGUGGAGUUGGUUGGUGCCUUUGUGAUGUAA